AUGCAGCGCCUCCUGCUCGCCCUCGCCCUGAUCGGGUCCGCCGACGCCGACGGCCACUGCGAGGACAGCACGAGCUGGUACAAGAAGGACGACACGGAGAAGGACUGCGCCUGGGUCAAGAAGCUGCCCGACUCGCGCUGCGCCGUCAAGAGCUCGGACAAGACCCUGGGCUCCGACGCCUGCCCCGACUCCUGCGGCAUGUGCGAGGACGACACGUGCGAGGGCUUCCCCCAGGAGCCCAUCAUCCCGGGCAUGAUGCCGGGGACGACGCACCCGCGGAUUUUGCUGGGCAUCGACGUCGACUACCCGCCCUACGCUACCCUGGUCUACCCCGGCGAGUACGCCAACGACACGAUCGUCGGCGGCUUCGGCCCGGACAUCGCCAAGGCUUUGGAGGGCGUCUGCGACAUCGAGGUCACGACGAUCCAGGCGGGCUGGGCCGAGUGCUGGACCGACGGCCACAUCGGCGACUCGUUGUUGGCGGGCUACUACCACGGCUGCCAGACCUACACGCACACGAUCGGCGCGCGCAACCGCUACAUGGAGUUCUCGACGCCGAUCCUGGACCUGAACAAGGAGUGCGGCUUCAUCGCGAUGCUCGACGACGACGGCAACCCCGUCGUGUCGCCGACGUCGGACCUCAGCGAGUACGUCGUCGUCGACGUCACGGGCUGGGCGCCGACGGCGGACACGGUGAGCGUGCUCCAGAACGACUGCAACGGCGGCGCCUUCUUCAAGGUCGACGAGGUCACCAUGCUCGGCUCGGGCGACAUCGAGUCGUGCGACGGCGACUACUGCACGAACGAGAACGACAAGGCGCUCAAGAUGCUCAUGAACGGCCAGGCCCACGCCAUCUACAUCUACAGCGACCAGGCCUACAACUACAUGACGGCCUGCGCCGAGGACGAGGCGACGGCGGGCGUCGACUGCGAGCUGUGGAACAUGCUCGGCCAGCCGGGCGGCUACGCCUACAUCCACACGGGCAUGCCCGAGUACGCCUACGGCGGCACGACGCUGUCCAUGUCGAAGAAGGGCGCGGGCCUCAAGCAGAUCCUCGACCCCUGCAUCGACAAGCUCAUCGAGACCGAGACCUACUACGACAUCUGCGCCAAGUGGGACAUGACGGACUCCUUUAUUGAACAAAAACCAAAGGAGUGGGCCGACGUGUCCUACCGCCGCGCGGACCUCGCCCAGGCGGACGUGGAGACGCCGCUCAUCGCGCAGCCCGCGCCGCCCGUCGUCAUCGCCGGGGCGCCCGCGCAGCAGUACCAGGGCGCGCCUCCCGCGUACGCUUCGCCGCCCGUCGUCGUCGUCGAGCAGCCGCCGCCGGGCAUCUACGUCGUCGAGGACCACGGCCCGCCGGGCCCGUGGCACCACCGCCGACCACCGCCGGGGUUUUUCAUCGUGUCGGCCUUCCUGACGGCCAUCCUCAUCACGUCCAUCGCUCCUGCCAUCGUGCGGCAACACGCGACGAUGCCGUCAAAUUUGACUCAAAAUUAUCACAGCGCUGCAGCAUUGGCCCUCUCUCUCGCGGGGCCUCGCCGGCAGCCACCGAGCGCCGCCACUUGGAAGUCGUCCUCGGCCCCAAUGGCCGCGGACCCGGACGCGCCGCUCGUCGAGGACGUCGACGACGACGCGCCGCUCGUCGAGGACGUCGACGCCGACGCGCCGGUCGUCGAGGACGUCGAGGACGACGCGCCCGUCGUCGAGGACGUCGAGGACGCGGCGCCGGCCGUCGGCGCCGAGGAGGAGAAGAAGGAGCCCGAGGGCCCGCCGCCGACGCACGUGCGCAAGACGACGAACAACUGCAGCGGCUGGGAGAAGCCCUACGGCAAGCAGGAGGUGCUCUGCACGUUCGUCGCGUGGCCGCGGCCCGGCGACGCGCCGCCGCUGAGCGAGGACCUGCUGAACAUCGAGAAGUGGUCAUUGGAGGGCGGCGAGCCCGCCGCCGCGCGGCGCUACCAGACGCUCCAGGUGCGGUCGCCGCCGCCGCCGGAGCCGCCGGGAUUCGGCGACGACGACCUCGACGAGUGGCUCCAGCUGCCCAACCCCGUGCGCCUGACCAAGGCCAAGUGGGCGCUCGCGCUCGACGACUGCCUCGGCGGCACGCGCAACGGCGAGAAGUGCCUCUACGAGACGACGGAGCACGGCGGCUGGCGCCUGGAGGUCGAGGUCCACGAGAUCCUCACGGAGCGCGUCGUCGUCGACCCCUACGGCGGCACGUCGCACGGCCACGGCGGCCUCGCGGGCCUCGCGAAGAGCCGGCGCCUGGGCCACGUGUCCGACGAGACCAAGGGCCUCCACGGCAAGCAGGGCUCCGACGGCGACGUCGUCCGGGGCACGAUCAAGCUCGUCUCGGGCUGGUCCGGCGGCUGGAAGCCCAAGCGCGACUGGUUCGGCCUGAGCGUCGACGCGGGCGAGGAGCCCGACGACGCGCCGUCCAAGGACGUCGCCGCGCCGUUCGUGGUGUGCCUCGGCGACGGCCGCACGUCCGAGGGCUUCGAGGCCUGUUUGAAGGCCGUGAAGAAGAAUUUGGUGUCGCGGUUCACGAUCUCCGGCGAGUGCCUGCUUCCCGACACGGUCCUGGACGCGAAGCAGCUCGACGCGUGCGUACCCCCGGGCUGGUGGGCCGACGCCGAAACGCGCUACGGCGAGGGCGUCGACCGCGCGGCCAUCGGCAAAGCCGUCGCGAAGGCGCCGCGCGUCAUCCUCGACGUCGCCGUCACCGAGGUCGACGACACGCGGAAGAAGCUGCGGGACCCCAUGACCAUGGACAUGCGCACGAAGGAGAAGGUCGCCCUGGAGCUCAAGGAGCGCGGCACGCGGCUCUUCGCGGCGAAGCGGUACCGCCGCGCGGAGCUCGUCUGGCACGACGGCGUGCGCCUCUUCGGGUUCCUGAAGCCCGAGGACACGGGCAUGGACCCGCAGGACUUCCACAUGAACGAGAACAACCGGGGCCGCCAGGCGUCCAUCCCGCUCCUGCUGAACGAGGCCAUGCUCAUGCGGAAGCGCGGCGCGUUCGCGGACUGCGAGACGAAUUUGAACGAGUGCAUCGAGAACGACGGCAACCACGUCAAGUCUUUGUUCCGCCGGGGCCAGGUCCGCAUCGAUCUGAAGAAGUGGGACGACGCGAAGGACGAUUUUCGUCGCGCCAUGGAUUUGGGGGGCCGCGCGGUCGAGGUCGACGUCGACCGCGAGCUGUUGAAGUUGAAGAAGCUCGAGCGCGUCCAGGACGCCAAGGACGGCAAGUACUUCGGGGGCACCUUCGACGACGACCGCGAGGGCAUCUACAAGGAGAAGAAGAUGGACGCGAAGCAGAUGGCCAAGUGGCGCGACAAGAUGCGCGUCGGCAAGGAGAAGCGCGACAAGGGCCUCUUCAGCGACCAGCGCGCGCCCGUGUCCAAGAAGUCGUCCCAGAGCCACAAGAACUACGACUGGACCGCGUCCUACGACACGACGUCGCGCCCCAAGAUCUACAGCGACCAGGACGCGUCCUCGGACCCGAACCCGGACAACAAGCCCGUCAUCGUCCGGGAUCUGGAGGGCGAGCUCGACGAGAUCAGCGACGAGGAGUACGAGGCGCAACGGGAGGCGAAGCAGGCCUACUACAACCAGCAGAUCGGCCUCGGCAACAUGCGCGUCCAGCUCCCGCCGCCCGGGGCGAAGAAGCCCGACGACGCGAAGGCGCCGCCGCGCCAGUAG